AGGCAGCACACCUAGGUCGAUAGGUCCAUGCUAGGUUAAUGAAAAUGGAAGAAUUGACGCUAUCAUCAGGGCGUCAAUUCCAAAUUUACAAUCAAAAGUUGAGAAGGUAAUAACUACCACAACUGCCAAUGAGCUUGCUUUACCAAAAAUGGAAACCUUGAAGGACCUGUUAAACAACUUGCAACUCUGCCUCCUCACCUCUGUUUUCCUUCCCUUCCACUCCUUAAUUCAAGCAAAUUUUCUUGUUUGACAGGAGAUGGCACCAAAGCAAAACCAAGCACAAAAACAAAACACAUCCAGUUCAUUUCUCCAACACCGUUUUCUCUCCUAGGGGAAUCGAAAACAACCUUGCAAUUCCGGCUUUUAACUCUUCGAAAUCCCAUGCUUUAUGUUUGAAACGAUGGGAAGGAUGAUUCCUUUAGAUGGUGAUCCCAUAAUACAUUCGGCACUGCCAUUUUCUCUCCUGGUGGCAGGCAUGGCUGCAACCAUUGCUAUAAUCACUGGUCUAUGCGGGUUCCGGAGAAAACCGUCAGCUGAUUCAUCAGCAGCCCCUCAUUUGGCAGAGAAGUCAGAAUUGGAUGUGCCACCAUCCAAUAACGCAGCAGAAACUACGUUGGUACCACCCUCAGUUGUCACCACAUCAAUAACAUUAGAAACGGAAGAGAGAACAGACAACUCAGAGGAAGUGAUCAAAGAAUUGCCUCCACCACCAGCUAUGAGGACAUUAAGAGAGACCUAUUCGUGCAACAAUUUCAUGACAAAGUCCGCGUCGUCGCGAAAACUAAGCUCAACCUUGAGCUUGAAGCACAAAAGAAGCAUUUCGGUGAACAAGAUUCGGGAGAAAGGGAAAUCAAAAGCUGAAGAAUCGGUUUGGACAAAAACGAUUAUAUUAGGUGAAAAAUGUAGAGUAUCAGAUGAUCAUGAUGACGCUGUGAUCUAUGAUGGCAAGGGUAAUAGAGUUACAACAUACCAUCCCAGGUCCCUGAGCACCGUAUCGUUGUCUAGGACAUGUUCCUUCAGAAACCCAGACACGAUUUCUAAUCAAGACAAGGAGAAAGAGGGAGCAUGACAAGAGGAAGAAGAUUGUUGAUGUUAGAGGAUAAUCUAUUGUGAAGGUCGUAGGUAGAUUCGUGUUUUUCAUGAAAGAAUUGCAGUUGUUUCCGUGACGAAAGGUUGUGGAAAUUAAAGGCAAUGAAUAUUUCCUACAACCAGUAUUUGAAUUUGGUGUCACUAGUCAACUAGCUUCCUUCAAUUAUAAGGCAUCUAUGAUGACCAACCCUUCUCUCCAUUUUCCAUGAAAGAUCGGAAAGCCGGUAAUUUGUCUGAGUCUCCUUGACAGAUUUUCCACAUGUAUGAUGAGACAUUCCCACCUGGAAAGGCAUGCAUGUUCUAGCAUUUUAAGGUUAUAUACGAUGAUGGGAGGGUUACCUUGGGCAGUUCCGCCGCAUCUUCAAAAGUUUGUUCCUAUCAUGCCUAUAGCCACUUGGAGACAAAUUCUUACCUUGAACGUUAAACGAAACAACUUGAUUACGACAGAAUGUUCCUUAAAACCUGGAUACGUGACUAAGACCAAAAGUACAGGGCACUGUCUAGGAGAUUGCUGAUACCAUUGAUAAGUAGGC